CCAAUUUGUUUCUAGAAUUAGGCAAUGCAGUGGCUUUCUCAUUUUUGGCGAAUACCUUAUACAAGCUAUUUGACUAUAAGUGACAUUAUUAUAGCUUUAGUGCGUUACAGAGGUCAAGCAAAUAGAGGAGCAAGAGCAAGAAACUUAUUUUCUAGUGAGCGAACCUUCAACUCUUGGCUCCGUUCCGGAUUAGGAGCUAUGGCCCUUGGAACAACUGCUUCCAAAUAUGUAUAUACAGCUAGCGGAAAGGCUGCUGCUAUUUUGCUAUUUUGUCUUGGCGUUAUUAUCACUUUCUAUUGUUUGGUCAGACACUAUCAUUCAGUUUUCCAAAUUGAGGAAGAUAUUCUUUAUUCCAUUUCAGUUCUUCCCGUGACCUUUUCCAUAUUGGCGGUGGCUUUGGCUGUUACUAUCUUUGUGUUAGUUUUGCUGGAUGAAAGUUAUUGACCCGAGCUUCACACCUAAAUUGAUU